CUGAAAAUGUUUAGUGCCUUAGUGGUUAUCUUCAUGUAGGAAGUAGAAAUGAGGGCGUUGAAACUGACUGAGAUGACGUCUCAUGCAAUUAAGAGUUUAUUCAAGUCAUUCGAUACCGUUCUAACAGAUUGUGAUGGUGUCUUAUGGCUUGAAGAUGAUUUGAUCAAAGGAUCGGAAACAGUAAUGAAUGGUUUUAGGAAAAUGGGAAAAAGAAUUUUCUUCAUUACUAACAACAGCAGCAAAACUAGAAAUGGAGCUGCAGAGAAAUGUAAAAAGUUAGGUUUUCAGGCCGAAAAAGAAGAAAUAAUAUCAACAUCAUAUUUGGCUGCUUCUUAUUUGACUGACAUCGGGUUUAAGAAGAAGGUUUAUGUAUUUGGCUCAUCUGGUGUUACUGAAGAGUUGAAGUAUGCUGGCCACAAAUCAAAUGAACCUGGUCCUGAUCCAAUGGUUGAUGAUCUGAAAACACUGUUACGUUCAAAAAUAAAACUUGAUCCUGAUGUUGGAGCUGUAAUUGUUGCAUACGAUGAUCAUAUCAGCCUUCCAAAGAUUAUUAAGGCAGCAACUUAUGUAAAAGAUCCCAACUGCUUGUAUCUGGGCACUAGUGCAGAAGGACGGAAGAUAAUAAAGGGAGACUUUUCUGUCCCAGGUGCUGGCUGUAUGGCUGCAGCAGUCACUAGCUGCUCAGGACGUCAACCUGUUAUAUUAGGAAAACCAAGUGAAUACUUAAUGGAUGUCCUCAUCAGGAAGUUAAAAGUAGAACCUGGCCGAACUUUGAUGAUAGGUGACAGUGCGAGGACAGAUAUAAUGCUGGGGAAUCGAUGUGGUUUCCAGACUUUAUUGGUUCUAUCUGGACUAACCACUGCACACAAUUUACAAGAAUGGCAGAAUUCGCAGGAUGAGAGAUAUAAGGGUUAUAUUCCUAACUAUUACGUGCAGUCACUGGGUGAUCUAACGCCCUUUUUAGCAAGCUGAGACCUUGUCAGCACUGUGUAAGACUUGUGCAGUUGCUAGUUGUGGUUUCUGCUCAUGAUGAGGUUCAGAAUCUAGGAAAAUGGAAGGAUGCAAUGAAGUAUAUUGGGAGCGUACGUUAGGAUGCAAAUGGCAACUGUAGAAAACUCUUGACAGAAAUAGUUUGAGCAUUUUUGUACAUUUAUUAUUCUAAUGCAGUUUGUGUAUGUGCAAAAUGAAUACCAAGAUGAUAUGUUGCUUCACAGUGUAAGGUGACAUAACCAAAUAGAGCCAUACAGGAAAAGAAGCAGGAGCAAGAAUGAAUUUUCAUAAGCACACUCCUAACCCAAAAUGAAAAUAAAAGUUGGUUGGUUGAUUUGUUGGAGGAGAUCAAACAAUGAGGUCAUUGGUCCCAUUGGAUUAGGGAAGGAUGCGGAAGGAAGUCUGCCACACCCUUUCAAAGGAAUUAUCCAGGCAUUUGCCUGAAACGAUUUAGGGACAUUAUGGGAAAGGUUGAAUCAUGAUGUACAGACACAGGUUUGAACCACCAUGCUAACCCCUGUGCCACUUUACUCGGUAAAAUUUUAGUGACUGCAUCAAAUAACAGAAAUUG